UGCAAUUCAAUACUCGUUUAUUCAUAUAUUGCAAAUACGGUCCAUAGCAUGUUAGCAUUCAACUUUCUUUUUAAUAUGGCGACCAUAAACAAGACACUACAAUUUACUGAUAAGGUAUCUACUUAACUCAGGAGUUCAAAAAAUCAAAAUAAACAUUCAUAACAUUAACAAAUUGGUAAUAUUUUACAAUAUCCUAUCAAACAUUUUAAUCAGCAAUUGGUUACUGAUAGUAAAAUGCCAAGAACACUUUGAUUUCUUCUUUUAAUUUAAAUAACAUACUUAAACACUCUGCCUGAUUCCUCUACUGUAGUUUUCAGUCUUUUUAAAGUGCUCUUGUUCAUGUGUUCCGUUUUUAAACCCAAUUUUAGAGCCGCCGAGAAAGCUUCCUCAGCAACAUCAAUUUUAUUUUCCAUGAUGUAGAAAUUAAUGAGACGCGAGUAGGCAUUACCUAACGAUGACAGAGACAAACCCUUGUUUGAUUUCAAUAUUUGAAUAAGUUUUUCAAUUUUUUGUGGUUCUUUUCUUGUAUGGCUCUCUUGUAGUAAUCUUCUGAAUACGACAACGGGCGCGUUACACAGCCAUUUGGACCAAAUCUCUUCGGCUUCUUUUUCUCUGUCGUUUAGUAUAAGUUCCAUCCAUAGCAAGUUAGCUGGUAAGAACUUUUCUUUAGCUGCUGCAAUGUCGGCUAUUUGUUUGCACUUUUCAGUAAGUUCGUUAUCUUGAACAACGGUUGCUAGCGCGCUACUUCUAGGGUAUUUUCGUAGAGCAUUAUCCAUUUCCUCUUCAGACUUGGCAGCUUUAACUAAUUCAAGUACACUAUCCACAUGUUGUGCCCCAGCGCCCCUGUUGAAUAUGGCCAGGGUCAACUUGUCAUCGUAAGUCACUCGUCGUUUCAAUGAAUCGUUUACAUGUUUGCCCAACUGUUGAAUCUUUUCUACAUUUCCUUCUUCGGCCAAGGAUUUCAAUAAGUAUUUUAGAACAUUGGUCUUAGGCACCACACCAUGUUCAAUAGACUUCAUUGCUACAUCAAUUGCUUGCGACAACUGUCCGUCCUUAGUCAAAGUUUCGAUAUGACUUGAUACAUCAGUUUUGGUUGGUUUGGUUGGUUCUCUUCGGCUCACAAUCUUUUCUACAACAUCACCUUGAUUUUUGCUUUUAGUACCUAUGUUACCUUGUGGUAUAACAAAUGGUACUUCUCUCUUUUGGGCUAUUAAAUGAUUGCCGAGGUAUGAUAGAAAUUGGUCGCUGGGUACUUCGCCUUCUUCUUGCAGAAGUGUCCAUAGUCCGAGAGCUUUGUCAGUUUCGUUAGCUUUGCAGUAUGUGACGAGUAGGUGGUAGAAGAUGUUACUACGGUCGACAUUGGACAAUUCUUUUGUAGCUUCAAGCAAACCUUCGAGGUAUUCGGAUUUUCCUUCCUCGACGUAUCUCUGGCAAGCAUCAUCUAAGCGGCGGUGUCGAGUCUGUAGUCCAGGCGUCUCGAGGAUACGACGCGCCUGUCGCAAGCGACCGCACUCAACGAAAGCCAGUACCAAGUCAUGAAGAAUAUUUACUUCUCCAUGGAUCUGUGUACUGAGAUCAGCUAACCACUGGAGUUUAGUAGCAUCCUCCUUCAUAAUUAAUGACUUCAUCAGUUCUCCCUUCCAAGGAGUGCUUCUGUACUGUUUGCAGCAAUUCUCGAACUCUUUCAAAGCACCUUCUACAUCAUUUUGCAGUAGGUGCACCUUGAUUGAAGGGCCCAAAAUGAUAUUUGAAGGCUCAAUAUACUUGUUUUCUAAAAGUGUCUUUGUCAUUUGCUUCACUUGGGCAUCAUUUUUUUGUUCAGCUAACGUGUUAAGCAUUUGCCAGCAUUUGGAAUUUAUCAUAAAACCUGUUGUGUUGUCAUCAUGUUUGUGAUUUUGCAAAGUUUCUACAGCUUCAUCAAACUUGUUCGCUCGGACGAAGGCAUAUGCCAUUUGUACUAAUUUGUAUUUAUUCAAAACAAAGUCUGGUUCCUUUUCAGCAAGUUGUUUUUUACAUUCUACAGCUCUUUCAACUUCAUCGUUUUCACAGUAAAACUCGAAUAACUGAGCUAGUGUUGCCGUUGUUAAUUCAAAGUUCGAUUGUUUCAAUUCCUCCAAGAAACUGUUCACCUUACUGACAUUAUUAUCUUUAAUGUAAGCAACAAGCAGCUGUUUCUGUAUACGAGAUAAGUUGUUGACUCCUUUGUUUUUUAAUUGUGCAAAUUGAUUCUCGAGUUGCGCGGUAGUUCGUGGUCCUCCUUGUUUGCGGAUACUCUCAAUCGGAACUAACUCUAUCUCAGUUGUCGAUAGCUUGGUUAAUAACUGGGACAGUUCCUUUGUCAUGUUUUCUCCUAAAAAUUGUUCUAUCGAUUCUGCAGCUUCAGUAGUUAUUCUCAACCCUUUAGAGUCAACACUUUUCAAUAGAUUUUCUACCAAAUCUGGUUUAGUCAAACCCUUGGCAGACGCCCUCACAAUACGGCUAACUUCAAGGAUAUCACUGUUUUCUUCAUUCUGACCUUCCUCAUUGUUGGCAGCAACAUCCUCCUCAGCCUGUGUCAAAGGUUUACUACUUAUAACAUGGAGAAUUUUUGCAAAGGAUUCCACAUCUUUUGUCCUGUUCACUGCAUUGAUGAGGGACCUAGCAACGAGAGAGUAGUUGCCCCAAGGUCUAUAUUGCAGGGCAAUUUCCGCUGCGCCUUUUAUGUCUCCGGAUUCCAAAAGCUCAACCAUAAGAUUUCUUGCUGCAUGUAUUGUUGGUACGGUUGCAAGUUGAAGUUUUACUAUGACAUUCUGUGGAGAAUCUUUUUUUAUCAAGUAAGGAAUAACAUAGUCUCUCAAUGCUUCUCCCGUGACUGUAAAGUUAUUGCUGCUCAUUUCUCUUAAAAUUUGCAAGAGACCUUCUUCAUCGUUUUCUUUUGUUUUCUGCACUAACAAAGGCCAAUAGAAAUGUUGCCUGAUUUCCAUUCCUUCUUGUUUUAGUUCUUUGAACAGCUUCAAUGCUAAUUCUGCUUGACCAAGUUGCAAUGACCCUUCAGCUGCAAUGAAAAGAGCUUUCGGUACAAGCCCUUCUUCCUGCAGUUCUUUACACGUUUUAAUAACAUCAUCAGCAGGUUUGUUAAGUUUGAGUAGCUGUUUCACAAAGAAUGCCCCUUUGAAUGGGGUAUCUUCUAUAUUGGUAGAUUUUGGCAUUGUUUUCAUAAUUUUCUUGGCAAUUUGUUCUUGUCCCUUAUUGAGCAGUCUAAGUAUAACAUUACAAACAUCUUGGUUGUAUCCUAUGCCUUUUUGUAGGAGAGGUAUGAUCUGCUCUACUUUGUCUCCAUGUCCACUUACUGCUAAGUGCUCAAUUACUUCCAAAAUGUCCCGGUCUGUAAGUUGUGUUUCUUUUUCACUUGCGGUUUUUAUUAUUUCUUGAAUGCCAUCUAUAUCUCCUUUCUUUGCGUAUCCGCAUGCUAGUAAUGUGUAUGUACGGUUAGAAGGUUCAAGUCCAGCCCCUGCCAUGGUCUGCAAAACAGCUUUCGCUCCAUCAGUGUCACCAUGGAAAGCAUGGCCCAUUACCAAUGCAUUCAGUACAGGUUCCGACACUGGCAUGCUAAGUUCACGCAUCUUUUCUAGUACUUUGGUAGCGCCUUCAACGUCACCUUCCUGGCAGUAACGCCACAUGAGCCUUUGGUAUGUCACCCUGUUUGGUUGUAAUCCUUUCCUCUCCAAUUCUUCAAGGAAUUUAGCCGGGGAGAAUUGAUGCUCAUUUUCAAUGUACACUCUAAGUAAAGCAUUGUAGUGAGAAAUAUCCAUAGGAAUUCCUCUUUCAAUGAGCACACUCCAUAUUUUUUGGACCAAUAGCGUUCUCUGUUCUGGUAACUCUUCAGGAACAAGCUCACCACAACAUCUAAUGACCAGGAGAGACUGUGAGCUUGUGAUGUCAUUUUUAGAUUUAAUUUCAUCGAAUACUUCAUCAAUAUCUUUCUUAGUUAUUCUUCCAAAUCUUCGAACUUCAGAAUCUAGUUUUUGUAGCAGUGGUUCUAGGCUUUCUUUCUUUUUUGUUGCAUAAUCUCUCAUGAGAACAUUAUUGGCGCCACAUAAUGCUUUAGGAUUGAUUAAAGUAGUAGUUUCAGCGGUCUUGGCAGAGUUUAGGAUAAGCGUACGGGCCGCACCAGUGAAGUAUCGCACAAAUUUCGUAGAUCUUAAGAGCGACGACAUUUUGUUGUUACGGAACUUUAAACCAUUAAUUAACAACUCAAUAUCACUUCAAAUAUAGGAAGAAUCACUGAUCUUUUAUCAAUAACCAACCAAGGCAGCUCGGAACUACCCUGAAAAAGGAAUUUG